CAUCAUACACGCGUUGUACAUUUAUUUGGUCCUGCAUGUUUUGCUUCCGUGUGGGAACAACGCUCUUGUGACUUCAUUGGUUAGGAUUUACAUGUUGACAUUUCUGUGUGAAAUGGGGAAAAAUACUGAACCGUCGGUAGCUAUAUAGUUGGUAAAAUAACAAAUUAAUUUAAACAACUUGCAGCUAGCUAGCUACACUGUGAACAUGUCUAUGUACGUUUGCGUUUGAUGGCAUGCUUUUUUUGAUUUAGUAAGUAGCUAGCUAGCUAACAAAAUGUUAACCAGGCUUGGAGUUUUUGGUUAUAUGAACAUUGUCAAAACACUUUGCACUAGUACAAAUAGGUACCUUCAAGGCUUCGCCUCAGAUAAUGAUAUAAAGAAAUUUAUUAUAGAAAACACUGAGAUAGUAAGAAAGCAUAACUUGACCCCAGAAAUCCAUUUGAGACUGUUCACCCCAAAUUGUCGGUUUUGGCAUGCAAGACCAGAACUGUGGCCUUUCUCUGACCCAUUCUGGGCAAUAUACUGGCCAGGGGGACAAGCACUCGCCAGGUAUCUAUUGAGUAACCCUGGAGUGUCACAGGGCAAGAGAGUGUUAGAUCUGGGGUGCGGCUGUGGAGCCUCUGCUAUAGCUGCCAAGUUCUGCGGUGCUUCUCAUGUAGUAGCCAAUGACAUCGACCCUGUUGCAGCCAUCGCGACCCAGCUGAACUGUGAGCUGAAUGGCCUGAACCCCCUCCCUUGUGAUACGGAGAAUUUGAUUAGUUCAGAGCCCGAGGAAUAUGACCUCAUCCUCCUGGGAGACAUGUUCUAUGAGGAGGCAUUGGCAGACAGCCUUCACAGCUGGUUAAACUGCUGCAUCCAGACCCACGGGACACAGGUCCUGAUAGGAGACCCGGGGAGGGCCCAGUUUGAAGGACACGGCAUCAGGAGGCUCCUGCGUCAGGAGGCUCAGUUUGAACUGCCUAAAGCUGUCAGAGAGGAGAACUAUGGACUGACCUGCAGCACUGUGUGGCGCUACCUGCCUGAACUCUGACAGACAUCUUUCACAAACCCAUAUUUGUAUGUGCUUUAGAGCAUUCCUUCAACUGUUGUUGUUUGUGACACUUGACAUAUGAUUGUGGAAUUGCUAUCAGCAAGUGCCUGGCAUUGACUCAAUUAAAACUUGUCAAUCUUCUUUGCCAUGAAGUCAAAUGUACUGUUGUUAAACAAACACCUCUUUUGACAUCUGGGGCAGCAGGGUAGCCUAGUGGUUAGAGCGUUGGACUAGUAACCGAAAGGUUGCAAGUUCUAAUCCCCGAGCUGACAAGGUACAAAUCUGUUGUUCUGCCCCUGAACAGGCAGUUAACCCACUGUUCCUAGGCUGUCAUUGAAAAUAAGAAUUUGUUCUUAACUGACUUGCCUAAUAAAAUAAAGGUAUGCUUGAUCCAUUUUU